CCUGAUUGGUUCGUUUCGAUAUGACGUGUUCACGGGAAAUGGCCACGCAGCCCAGCGGAAUCAUAACACAGCAUUUGAAGUCUCUUUAACCAUCCUGGCGUCGUGUCAUGUUAGCUGUUUAAUUUCGCCUUUUCCACGGCGGCUGUUUCAAACUAUCUCUGACAAGCGGGAGUUAGAGAAAAACUGAAAAAUAAAAAAGAGAGACAUUUUGCGUGCAGUGCUAUGAAAACAUGUUGCUGGUCGCCUCAGAGGCUAACCGCAGGCAGCAUCUAGCUAGCAAAUGGCUGUUCGGCUCUGCUGUCUGUCACUGUGCGAAAUGACAAGAAGACGAGCAAAAAUAGCACUGAUGCCGCUGGAAACCGGUGUCCUGUACGAUUAGCCAACAGCAUGUGACACAGGAGCGCUAAGCUCGCCAAAAAGUUGGUUUGAUUCAAGAUGCCUCGUCUGGAAGAGCUGGCCAACGUCGCCCUCAGGGUGCCGAGCAUAAUGGUGCUGGACCUGCUCUAUAAAUGUGAUAUUGAAAGUUUAACAGAGCACCUCAAGGCCAAAAACGAAGACAUGCUCUUCAAAUACAAAUAUGUCAUCUGGAACAUGUACUACCUUGGUCAUCUGAUAAACGUGGUGGUGUUGGUUUUGCCAUUAAGACACAUUGUGACGCUCUACCUCCAUAUCCUCGCUGCCCUUCUCCUAUACAUGGGGCAUCAGAUUUCCAAGGACUAUGUUCGUGAAGAGCUGCAGUAUGGUUAUGAGGGAGCAGUGUACCGUGAUUCUCUGUCCUUCAACAGAUUUGUCUCUGCAAUGACCAGUCAGAUUAUUCUCAGCACGCUGUGUGCCUUCCUGAUGAAGACCAGGAAGGUGUGGUUGUUCUCCGCUCACAUGCUCCCCCUGCUGGCCAGACUCUGCGCUGCUCCUCACGCCACGCUGCUAACUGUCAACACUCUCUCCAUGGGACUGACCGGGUCGGGCAUCGCCAUGUUCCUCCUCUCAAAUCUGUUCGUGCCAUAUCGCCUGGCAAGGGCUGCCUAUUCGGAGCUGCUUCGGGUGGAGGUGAUCGAGCUGUACAGACUUCUGGCCGUGGGGAUCUCCCUCUGGAACCAGUUUGCCGUUCCAGCGCUCUUCAGUGUCUUCUGGUUUGUUCUGUUCAUCGUCCAGCUGUGCUCAGACACCAUGUCCGGGAACGCCGCCUCAGCAGCGCAUCAGGGAAUCAUGUUCUUCCUGCUCACAAGUGUCUCUGAAUGUUGUGCCACACCGUACUCUCUUCUGGGCCUGACCUUCGUGGUGUCCUAUCUGGCUCUCGGACUGCUCAACCUAUGCAAGUUCUACCUGGGAGGUUACGCAGCUGUUCAGAAUGAGAACGUCAUGCACAGGGGUGUGACCGAGGGCGUCACUCUGCUCCUGCUCGCCCUCCAGACAGGCCUGUUAGAUAUGCAGGCCCUGCAGCGCACCUUCCUCCUCAGCAUCAUCCUCUUCAUCGUGGUGACUUCAACCCUGCAGUCAAUGAUCGAAAUCACAGAUCCAAUCAUUCUAGCUUUGGGUGCGUCCCGCAACAGGAGUCUGUGGAAACACUUCCGCGGCCUCAGCAUGUGUCUGCUUCUGCUGAUUUUCCCAGUGUAUAUGGCUUAUAAAAUCUCCCAGUUCUUCCACAUGGACUUCUGGCUCCUCAUACUGGUGUCUAGCUGCAUGCUGACUUCCCUCCAGGUUACAGGCACUAUGCUCAUCUACUCCCUCUUCAUGGUAGAGCUGUUUUGCAGCAACCCGAUCGAGAGCCUGGACGAAGUGAUCUACUGGGUGAACGCCGUCAGCAGGGUGCUGGAGUUCGUGGUGGCGCUCUGCGUGGUGGCUUACGGCACCUGGGAGUCGCUGUUUGGGGAAUGGAGCUGGAUGGGCGCCUCCGUCAUUAUCAUCCACUCUUACUUCAACGUUUGGCUCAGAGGUCAGUCUGGCUGGAGGAGCUUCCUGCUCAGACAGGAAGCGGCCAAGAAGAUCAACUCCCUCCCCAGAGCCACGGCUCAGCAGCUGCAGCAACACAACGACGUCUGCUCCAUCUGCUUCCAGGAAAUGAGCUCUGCUGUGAUCACAUACUGUAGACAUUUCUUCCACGGCAACUGCCUCCGCAAGUGGCUGUAUGUGCAGGAGACCUGCCCCAUGUGCCACCAAACGGUCAGACCCUCCCCACCAGGUCAGAGUGAGGCUUCGGGUGAUGCCCCAGCAGAGAGAGACGCAGGACCAGAUCUGACUGAACAAGAGGGAAAUCACAACCCAGACAACAGGGCAUCCCAAGAGGCGCAGCGCGACGAUGUGUCUCCUGAUCCCACCGAGCAGCAGGAGGAGAGGGAAAGCCCUGAGGAUGGAGCCUGUGGGACUGAGGCUAAAGGCAAGCCAGCUGAACCUCGUAGAAACGCCGCUCAAGGUCUUCGUUUCAGCUCCAGCGGAGACUUUGUUGGAUUUGUCAACCCAGUGUCGAGCGGCUCCUCAGGGGAGCUUUCUAGUUCCCACGUGCUGCUGGGUAAAGCCUCUCUUCCUAACAUGCACAGCCCAGGUGAGGAGAGUGGCAAGGACUCGCCACCGCCAUCGACUCCUAAUGAUGUGAAUGAGAAUGCAAUGGAGGGUAGCCGUGACUCUCACGGAGCAGGGCUCGAGGAAGGUGCUACUUUCUGUAAACACGACAGCUGUGAUGGGACGCCUAACUCACAGAACAUCCCUGAUUCACCAGAAUCAAAAAAUGCUGAUAAAAAUCAAGAGGCUGUCUCAUGUGGUAUGGGCCAAGCACUUGUCAAAUCACGUAGUGAAAACUCAGAACUCUUAGACUGCGUUGACGUUCCUCAGUGUCGUAAAGGUAAUGGUAUAUAUUCAGACUUGGACCUGGACAGGCUCAGAGAGGCUGAACCUGUCCCACGGAUCCCCCGGCUGUCCUCCUCGGACGCCGCUUUCUCUUGCACAAGCACACACAACAGUGACUGACUGCCCUGCAUCAGUGCCUUGAAGGGUGUAAAAGGGUACAAAAGGGUAAAAAAGGGUGACCCUCCAUAAGGGGGAAUUAAACACGUUUGCCUUCUCUCCGUGAACCAAUAGAAAAAAAUAUUGUAUCUUUUACCAGACAGUGUAAUGAAUGUGCUUCAGUUUAGCAAUUAACAUGCAUCUGGAUUGAGUAUGGAAACUAAAUCGUCUUGGAUUUAAAUGACACCUUUAUUGUACAACUGUAAAUUGUUUAAAAAAAAAAAAAGAUUAUAAUUGAUAGAAAAAUCAUGUGUAACAAUAGAGCAAUUAUCUUGCGUCAAUAUUUACCAAAUUCUAGCAGGUUAUAAGUAAAAAUGUAAACUAAGAGAAAUUGAGUGGCAUUUCAUUUCAUUUCAUUUCAUUUCAUUUUUCUCUCCAGUGUCCUGGUAGUUCUUGUGUAGAGCGUUCUUGUGCACGCAGUGUGGCAAAAGGAAAAGCUUCAGAAAUUCAGCAGUGGACUCAGCCUUUUGUACGUCAAAGGUUGUCCCUCCCCCCAGUUAAAGUACAGCUGUGAAUGUGUAGAUUUUUUUUUUUUUUCCUUUAUUUUUUUUCUGUAUUGUUUAUUUUAAUAAAAUCAUGACUGGUGCACACGGAGGCUGACACUGUGUGCCAGAUUUGUGAAGUCUAAACAGAAGAUUACUUCUGUAGCGUUCAGCCAGAACUGUCCAGAUUCAAUUUUUUGGUCGACAUGUCGAUUUGGAGAUAAUAAAGUAUU